AUGAAAGGGUGGACGGUUGCCUGGAUAGCAAGCAGGGCAACAGACAACGCAAUAGGCAGGGGCGCAGGCAGGUUUCAAGGCACCGUGUUGGCAGGGCGGCAGGCGAGAGUAGAGACUGAGCAACAGGCAGGCAGAGGCAGGAUGGUGGGCAAGCUGCGAAAGUGGAGCAGCGAGUGCGGCGGCGACGGCAGCAGCGUGGGCGAGGAGUUCGUGGAGGGCGACGCAGGCGCCGUGCCCGUCACUCUCUGCCUCGUGCUCAUGAUCAGCUACAUCUGCGGAGGAGCCGCUGCCUUCGCUUACGCCCACCAGUGGUCCUUCCUGCAUGCCAUCUACUUCUGCUUCUCGUCCCUUACUACGAUCGGCUUCGGUGAUCUUGCUCCUGAAACCACGCCCAAUGUCGAUACGGGUGUCCAGAUGGCGCUCCUGGGCGCGGCGCUCUACCUACUGGUUGGCAUGGCACUUAUUGCCACCUGCUUCAACCUCAUGCAGGAGCACAUGACCAACCGUGGCUACGGUCUUGGGCGACGCCUCGGCAGCCUCAUGGCUACAAGCAGCAGUGGCAGCAAUCACCGCUUUCACCUGGACGAUACCUGACAUAUGGAGACGGUGGCUCUCUUCACCUACGGUUCGGGCUGCACCCCCAAGCACUCAGGCAGCAAGCCCUCUACGCUGUCGCAGCCCUGCUUGGUCAACACCAGUUGCAGCCUCGCCAACAGCACCAACGCUCGGCCUCUUAACUCCAGCCUGACUAACACCAUCUACAAGGUCACACCUGAUGAAGACAAGCUCGUGACCCCCAACAACACCCUGGGCAGCAUCCCCCGGACCGGCAGCCCCCUACAGUCCCCUGCCGACUUGGCCACCAGCCCCGCCAAGGCCAACAACGGCAGGGACAAGUGUGACACGCUGUACGGCACACUCCGAAAGGAGCUGCCGCCCACCCUAAAGGCCGUGCCUCCGCCCACCAUCCCUCCCUCAUCUAUUACGCCCUCACAGACGCCCAUGCUAUCUACGCGUACCAAAAAGACGGUAACAAUCUGCGACUCGGCCGACAUCGGGAGGGCAGUCAGUCCCCUUUCCCCGGAGAGGAUAUGACACGGCCAAUGAUCGGUUGCCUCGUACCUGUAUUAGGGGUCCGCGUGGCUUGGGAACGUUUCCACGACUGUGGCAAAGUCGUAGCAAACCAGACUCGUCAUAAAAAAAGUCUGCUCCACGUUGUAUUCAGACAGGGAUUCUGAUCUACGUGAAGUGACAAAACAAAGUUUGAUGUGUGAUUCGUUUAGUUCUAAACGUGGCACAGACGGCCGAAGUUCCGCUUGUCAGCAAGCGGGAUGUGAUCGGAUAUGUGAAAAUAAGUUAAUACAUAUGACGUGACACUCUGGCUCACUACUGACGUGUGCUGGCAUUGACCGACAAGGGAUGCCAGGAAGAUUCCCCCAGCUAAGGCGGGCGUGAGUCAAAAGACUUAUGUGUGUUUGUGUAUGCGUGUGUGUGAAUAAUAAAAGCUGUCCCUUUGUAUUGUUCAUGUCUCCUCUAUGUUCCAAGGCUGUAUAUCUUGUAUUUUUACAUCUGUGUAAGAGGUCCAAAAGAAAAAUAAAGAUUUAAACAAAAGAAAUAUAUAUAUAUAUAUACAUAUGUAUAGAUGCAUCAGUGUGACUACAUUUACUGUAGGUGCCGGACUGUUGAUAAUGCUGUGCGGUUCUUGCUUGCAUUACGAGGGAAAGUUUUUUAGCUUGUUAGAGACGGGUUUGAGAUACAUUGUAAAAUUGUAAUAUCUAUUUCGCAAUAUCAUAUUGUGAUUUUAUAAGAGGAUUACUGUUUCAGUGUUAAAUUUUGAUAUAUUACUCAGAGGUAUAAAGAAUUUUAAAUCUUAUUUCCUUUAAAUGACUAAUGACAGAAAGUUCUGACUGAUGGUGACAUUGUGGAGAAAUGUCGACAUUUCUUGAGAGAAAUUCGAAUGUCACCUUUGGUGAUGUUUCGGAAUUCCUAGUUAUAACAUCUUCAAUCUGAUGAUGAUAGUAGUUUAUUUUACAUAUAGAAAUCAUAUCCCAAUAUCCAAAUGAUGCCGCGAAAAAGCGACAAAUCGGAUGACAAAUUUCUUACCAGAAAAAAUUUAGUCUGCAGCUUGUAAAAUGUUUCUGCCUUUCUUUCUUUCUUUUCUUUUUUAUUUAUUUUUGGUAACAGGGUUGUUCAGAAGAAAGAGACGUGAAUCAAUGUAUUGCAGUAUACUACCAGUAAAUAAAGAUGAAGAUUUAUGGUUCAAACGAAACAGAAAAAAGGAAAUGUGGCUAAAUACAAAUAUCAUACAAAUAUCACGAAAGUAUAUGAUUGUUCGGAGGGGCCUCCAGUGAGGCUAAAUAUGGCGCGUGCAGUGCAAUGACUACACUUUGCGGUUUGUGUGCAGUGGGUGAUUUAUUCUCUACGAUGUGUAAAUGUGACAUUGAUGUUGUCACCGCUUGUUACAAGUGUGUAGCUCUGGCUCGUAAAAACAGGCUGGAUUUCAAGGGCGGUUGUUACUAAGUAGUGAGGCGCCGCUGAAUCUGCCAUGCAGCAGUGUGUUGUUCAGAUCAUGCGCAGCUGCGUUGACAGUGUCAUGUACAAGGUGGCUGGAACUGCCUAUCGCAUUCAGCUGCAUUGCUGUUCCCAGAAAUGCCAGAGCAGCUGUUAUUUGUGGGUAUGCUACCCAGAGCAUAACUGCCUAUCAAAGUGUUAGGUGCGGAUAUGUAGCUAUGGCUGAUAAUGUAAAGUGAAAGUGUGCUGCGAAAUUCAUUUUCAGAUGGAUAUCACCAAAUGAGUAUUGAGUAAAAGAUCCGAAUGUUAUUGUUAUCACUAUAGCCAUUUAUUUACAUUUGGCAUGAAGAGGCGUAAUGUAUACUGUAAUCAGGUAUGUAUCAGAUAUACAGCCAGGUAACCAAGUGUGAACCGUGACAUAGCUGGAAAAGUAUUCUAACCAGAUAUGUACACAUAUACACGUAUGUGAUCAUGUAUUUGUAUGGACCACUGCAUUGUCUGUAUGCCCACGCAACACACCUUGGAGUAUCACACAAGAUAUGGCUGUGUGUGCGUGCCAUAUAAGCCAAGCUAGCGAUGGUAAAAGGAGAGCAGCUGUGUUCAGCUAGUUUUGAAAGACCAUUUUCAGAGAGCUAGAUGAAGUGCGAUUAUGUGAGAGUUCGAGUCGCAGAGCAGCGCGCCGAAGCUCCUGCUGGUGCAGCUGCGCUUGACGUCAGUCUUGGUGGAGGUGACAACCCAGAUGUUGCUUUGCUCCAGCGGAACUUUCCCGGGUUUAGGUUAUUCAUAGAAAGAGAUUGUAAUUGUUUCGAUGUUUAAUGCAUAAUAAUCUUUCUGUACUUGGAAUUGCCAAAAGUAGUCUAAAUAAAUUACUGAAUUCG